UCUUACAGCGAUGGCUUUCUACAAAGUGAUGUGUUUGGCUGCUGGGCUGAUGCUCCUGACCCAAGAGUCUGAGUCACAGCUGGAUGUUUGUGGUAAGGCGUCUCUGAACACCAGGAUUGUAGGAGGACAGGUGGCCCCUGUUGGCAGCUGGCCCUGGCAGGUCAGUCUGCAAACAUCUGGGUCCCACUUCUGUGGAGGAUCCCUCAUUAACAGUCAGUGGGUGCUGACUGCUGCUCACUGCUUUCCAACCAUUACUGCAAGCGGUCUGACUGUGAAUCUGGGCCUUCAGAGUCUACAGGGAUCUAAUCCCAAUGCAGCGUCUCGGACAGUAACACAGAUCAUCAGACAUCCAAACUACAACUCUGGUACCAACGACAACGACGUCUGCCUCCUGAGGCUCUCCUCACCGGUGACUUUCAACAACUACAUUUCUCCCGUCUGCCUGGCAGCUUCAAACAGCAUCUUCUACAGCGGUGUUAACAGCUGGGUCACCGGCUGGGGCAACAUAGGAAGUGGAGUGUCGCUUCCUUCUCCACAAAACCUGAUGGAGGUGCAGGUUCCUGUUGUGGGAAACAGGCAGUGUAACUGUGACUAUGGAGUGGGAACAAUCACUGACAACAUGAUCUGUGCCGGGUUAAGUGCAGGAGGAAAGGACUCCUGUCAGGGGGAUUCAGGAGGUCCACUGGUGAGCAAGCAGAAUGGUCGCUGGAUUCAGGCAGGAAUCGUCAGUUUUCGGAAAGGCCGUGCCAGGCCGAAUUUUCCAGGAGUCUACACCAGCGUAUCCCAGUACCAGGCCUGGAUCAACAGCCAUAUCUCCUCCAACCGGCCGGGCUUCUUGACAUUCACGUCCACUGGGACCAACAGUGAUCUCAGUGUUACCUGCACAAGACUGCUACCAAGAACAACCACCACCACUAUCACCACCACCACACUUUCAACAACCACUAACCCUAUGCGGGAGUCCUCAGUUCCCAAGCCGCCACCUCGGCACCCAGACGCCGCUGGACCUGCCUGCACGUCUACAGACAGGAGGGUUGCUAAACCAUGA